AUGGGUGAAGAAGAACCAGCGUCACUAGAAGGUCAAUUUUUUGAAUUUUCAAAAAUGAUGGACAAAAAGAGGGAUGGGACGACAAUUACUCUUUACAACUCAGAUUUUUGGAUGAGACAGUGUAAACUAUUAGACGAUAGAAAGCUAACUAUGACAGACACUGGAAUAUUAUUCAACAAGUUCAGUAAGUCCGAAUUGAACUGGGACGAGUGGAAUGAGUUUCUAACUGAAUUAUGCGAACUAAAAGAUUUAGAUGAAGAGAAAGUACGAGACACAAUGACUAACUGUGGCCUUCCAGGCCAAACACCUGUUCUCGUGCCGCAAUAUAGGGACUUUUUCUUGACCUACAAACCGAAAGAAAAAAAACUUUUC